AUGGAAAUUGUGACGUUGGUUCAACAAGUGCAUUCUCAAAAACUAAAUAAAUUGAUUGAGGAGUUCAUGGAAGGCAAGACUAUUUUGAUUACCGGUGCUACCGGUUUCCUCGCAAAGCUUGUUAUGGAGAAGAUACUUCGUGUUCAAUCAAAUGUGAGAAAACUAUACCUUCUCAUUAGAGCUCCCAACAACAACUCUGCCAAAGAACGCUUCACUCGUGAGGUCAUGAUGUCUGAAUUAUUCAAUGUUGCAAGGGAAAAGAUUGGUAGUGAAAACCUCAAAUCUCUCAUGAAGGAAAAAGUGUUUGCAAUUUCAGGUGAUAUUUCAUACGAAAAUUUGGGAAUUAAAAACUCCGAAUUAAGAGAGGAAAUGCACAAAGAAAUAGAUAUAAUAAUAAACUCAGCUGCAGUGACCAAUUUUUAUGAGAGAUACGAUAUUGCAAUGAAUGUCAACGUGGUUGGUGCCAUGAAUGUCCUUAAAUUUGCCAAGAGUUGUAUAAAAUUAAAGAUGCUUCUUCAUGUGUCUACCGCUUAUGUUUGUGGUAAAGCGAUAGGAAUUUUACCAGAAAAACCAUUUGAUAUGGGUGAGACACUUAGUGAAAAUACUUAUUUGGAUAUUGAUGUGGAACGAGGCGUGAUAGCAAACAAAUUAAAGGAACUUGAAACCCUAAAUGCGACACCAAAGGAAGUUACAAUAGCCAUGAAAGAACUUGGCAUGCAAAGGGCAAGAUUACAUGGAUGGCCAAACAUAUAUAGCUUUACAAAAGCAAUGGGAGAGAUGAUUUUGGGACAUUUGAAGGAGAAUUCACAGGUUGUUAUCAUACGUCCAACGAUUAUAACUAGUACCUACAAAGAGCCAUUCCCCGGAUGGAUUGAAGGAGUGAGAACAGUGGAUUCAUUUAUUGUUGCUUAUGGAAAAGGUGUACUGAAAUUCUACUAUGGUGAUCCUGACUCAAAACUUGAUGUGAUUCCAGGUGACAUGGUGGUGAAUUCAAUCGUUGCCGCGAUUAUAGCACAUGAAAAUCAAUAUUCUGAAGAUGUAGUUAUUUACCACAUCAGCUCUUCUUCAAGAGAUGGCCCUCUAAAAAAUUCAGAUAUAAUGUCUUCCACAUUUCACUACUUCACGAAAAAUCCAUGGGCGAAUAAAGAUGGGAAAACUAUCAAAGUGGAAACUCCAUUGCGUCCAUUUAGCAGCAUCGAUAGCUUCCGCAAACACAUUUCAAUUCAUUAUUUGCCACUGUUAAAGAUGUUAAAGUUUGUGAAUAUAGUGUCAUGUCAUUUCUUUGACAAAACGUAUAAGAAUAUGGAAAGGAAGAUGAAUACGGCUAUACGUUUAUCUCAAUUGUACGAACCCUACGUGUUUUUCUAUGGAAGCUUCGAUGAUGUUAAUACUGAAAAAUUAAGAUUGAGAAUGAAGGAAAUAAACAUGGAUGAAGUGCUCAAUUUUGACCCUCGUUGUAUCAAAUGGGAAGAUUACUUAAUGAAUAUUCACAUUCCUGGAGUUGUGAAGUACUUGUUCUAG